CUGUCAUGGCGGAGACGGUGUGGAGCACUGACACCGGGGAGGCUGUGUACCGCUCCCGGGAUCCCGUGCGCAAUUUGCGCCUCCGAGUUCACCUGCAAAGAAUCACAUCAAGCAGUUUCUUCCGUUACCAGCCUGCUGCUCAGCCGGGGAAGGACCUCAUAGACUUGGCCGCUUUUAGGCCUCACCCAGCCUCCAGUGGGUGUAUGGUGGCCAUAUGGCCCCUUGAAGAUAUGAGGAAGGGCCUGGGGUGGUAGUUAACUCUUAAGCCAGAGUAGACCCAGGUGGACACCACUCAGAUGAAGAUGAAGAGGAGGAGGUAGUGAUUGGGUGGCAGGAGAAGCUCUUUAGCCAGUUUGAAGUAGAUCUGUACCAAAAUGAAGCAGCCUGUCAGAGCCCCUUGGAUCAUCAGUACCGUCAAGAGAUCCUGAAACUGAAGGAUUCGGGAGACAGAAAGAACCAACGGAUUUUUACCUACACUGACUCUGACAGAUACACCAAUUUGGAGGAGCACUGUCAGAAAAUGACCACCGCAGCCCAUGAGGUGCCAUCAUUCUUGGUUGAGAGAAUGGCAAAUGUCAGGCGGCGACGGCAGGACAGGAGAGGGACGCUCUUCAGGGGAUGCCAGGGAAGUGACCCUUCCUAUUGUGGCUCCCAGGGAGGGCAGCAUCUUCAAGUCACGAAUUGUCACCUGGAAACCCUCAGAAGAAUUUGUCAGGAACAACCAUGUCAUCAACACCCCUCUUCAGACAAUGUACAUCAUGGCCGACCUGGGGCCGUAUGGAAAGUGGGACCAGCGAUUCUGAACCUUGCUGUUGAUGUCCCGGUUUCUAGGCUCGGCUAUAAGAAGUAUGAACAUGUCCUCUGUACUCUGAAGGUGGACAGCAACGGUGUGAUCACCGUGAAGCCUGACUUCACUGGCCUCAAAGGACCCUACAGAAUUGAGACUGAGGGGGAGAAGCAGGAGCUGUGGAAGUACACAGUCGACAACGUGUCCUCCCUUGCGCAGCCGGAAGAGGAGGAGCGGGAACAGCGUGUGUUCAAGGAUCUUUAUGGUCGGCACAAGGAGUAUCUCAGCAGCCUUGUGGGCACUGACUUUGAGAUGACCAUCCCGGGUGCCCUCCGGCUCUUUGUCAAUGGAGAGGUAGUUUCAGCCCAAGGCUAUGAAUAUGACAAUCUCUACGUCCACUUCUUUGUGGAAUUGCCAACUACUAACUGGUCAAGCCCAGCACUGCAGCAGCUUUCCGGAAUAACACAGACCUGCACCACCAAAUCCCUGGGAAUGGAUAAGGUGGCUUACUUCUCCUACCCAUUCACGUUUGAGGCCUCCUUCCUCCAUGAUGACGAAUCUGCUGAUGCUCUCCUAGAGUGGCCGGUGCUCUACUGUGAGGUCCUCUCACUGGACUUCUGGCAGAGGUGUCGUGUAGAAGGCUAUGGGGCUGUGGUACUGCCCGCCACCCCAGGCGCUCACACUCUGACAGUCUCCACGUGGAGGCCCUUGGAGCUCGGCACUGGGGCUGAGCUGAGGAGGUUUUUCAUUGGCGGUUCUCUGGAACUCGAGGACCUCUCCUACGUGCGAAUACCAGGAACCUUCAAGGGGGAGUGUCUGAGCCGCUUUGGGCUCCGCACGGAGACCACAGGGAGUGUCACCUUCCGCUUGCACUGUCUGCAGCAGUCUAGGGCCUUCAUGGAGUCAAGUUCCCUCCGGAAAAGGAUGCGGAGUGUGUUGGACCGUCUGGAAGGAUUCAGCCAGCAGAGUUCCAUUCACAAUGUACUGGAGGCCUUCCGUCGAGCCCGGCAUCGCAUGCAGGAGGCCCGAGAAAGCCUUCCCCAGGACCUGGUGAGCCCCUCGGGAACCAUGGUCUCCUAGCUCACUGCAGCCCUGACCUCUGCAUGAGGACAAGACUGGUGCUGUCUGAGGCCGGCACCUUCCUGCCUCUUCACCUUUCUUACUGGAGACCACAGUGACCUGCUGAGAAGCCGAGGUCCUGUGGGACCUGGAAGCAUGGAAGGAUUUGGGGUUCCCUGGGCUGCUGCUGAAGACUAGAAAGAAGAGCCAGCCUCUUCCAGGAUCCCAGUGGACAGCAUUUAUGGCAGUAAAGCAGGAGACCCUGUGGCCCCCAUAUAACGCCCCCCUUCAUAUUUCAGCUACCACUGCAAGCAGACAGUAGCUUUUUGGUUUAAAACCAGUUUGGUAUAAGUCCAUAGGUAGUUCUGCCCCAGACACAGCCUCACUCUCAGAAGGAGCAAUCUGCAGGCACCUCCUGUUUCUUAACCUACUUUCUUUCAAGAAAGAAAAAGCAAGGUGAGAGGGAUACUAAGUUCCUGGCCUGGGAGUCUCAACCUCCUCUUUCCUGGGUAACCUUGUCCUACUGCUUGGGGCUUUUUGCUUUUGAGAUACAACUUGUCCCUAGAGUAAAUGGAGACUGAAGGAGGUGCCCGGUCCUUUCUGAGAGCUGGGUGGUGGCUUUUAUUGUGUUUUUGGUACAUAAAAACUUUUUAUACUGA